CUAACAAGGGUGAAGCAGUUAGCCUGUCUGCUGAAACGAGCGAUAAUUUUUGCAUUCACUUCCUCGUUUGAUUAUAGAACUAUAGAACUUCCUCAUUUAAUUGUCAGCUUUUUAAGCUGUAUAAGAUAUUAACCGUACUGUGAGUAAAAUUAUACAAAAUGCAGUCCAUACCGGAAGACGUAAAGAUCUUUAUAUCAGAUGUGGAGACAUUUGUUUCGGUGGUACUGAAGGGUGAAAACUUAAGUAAGAAGGCCAAAGAAAGGAAAGAUGUAAUAACGAGAAAAGUCAAGGAUAUCAAGUCAAGUUAUGCUCAGCAGUUUCCAGAAAAACGGGAUUCAGAUGACUCUUCUGAGGAUGAAGAUCCAGAAAAUGACAGCAUUUCUAUGACAUCUGAUCGUAUUGACAAAGAUGAGGAAUCUUGCUAUGAUGGUCAUCAAUAUCCUCCAGUUGCAGCCACAGAUUUGCUAUCAGUUUUAAAAGCAGGGUACUUAGAAAAACGCAGAAAAGAUCAUAGCUUCUUUGGACCCGAAUGGCAAAAAAGAUGGUGUGCUUUAAGCAACCACAUCUUCUAUUACUAUGGAAGUGACAAAGACAAGCAGCAGAAAGGUGAAUUUGCUAUAGAUGGAUACACUGUCAGGAUGAAUAAUAUGCUGAGAAAAGAUGCUAAGAAAGAUUGCUGUUUUGAAAUCACUGCUCCCGACAAGCGCAUCUAUCAGUUUACUGCAGCAUCCCAAAAAGAUGCAGAAGACUGGGUUGAUCAGAUACAGUUUGUACUGAAAGAUAUGCAGUCAGGCAUGAUUCCAGUGGAUGAGGAUGGUGAAACCUAUGAUGAUAUUGGUGUUGAUGAUGACAAAGGAAGUACAGCACCAAUAGAUGAUGACAUAUAUGAAGUACUUCCAGAGGAAGACAUGCCUAUUUCCUCUCAAAAACCGCCAGAGAAGAUAAACAAACCAAGCAAUGGGAUCGUGACAGCAAAUAAAGCCACGGACUAUAGCAAUUACUACCAAGGACUGUGGGACUGUAUGGGAGAUCAUCCUGAUGAACUAUCUUUCAAACGAGGAGAUUCUAUUUACAUCCUUAGUAAGGAGUACCAUAAUUUUGGCUGGUGGGUUGGAGAAAUGAAUGGAUCCAUUGGUAUUGUGCCAAAAUCAUACUUGACUGAAAUGUAUGAUAUUUAAUACACUGAAAGGGCAUUUUACCUCCAAUCAAGAUUUUAUGAAAUUUGCCUAAACUUUUCUCUUCUCAAGUGGAAUGUUGAACUGAGAAGCAGCUUUACAGUACACCUUGUGUUUGUUUGUACUUUAUGUGCCUUACUGUACGUCUUUAAACUGGUUACUUUUUUUUUUUUUUUUUACGCCUUGAAGUAUGGGACAUACAGUAACUGAGAGGUGCUAUAAAAGGUCAGUGUUUUCUUAUAGGCAUAACUGAUAAUAGGAUUAAUUUAAUGUUAUUGGAAAUGUAUAUUAACUGAAUUCAGGAAAUAAUUGAUAUGUUAAAAGAUGUGAGAUUUUGUGUUACUGUUUGCCAUAUGCCACUCUCAGUAGGUAUGUCUCUUUCAACUUUCUUUGCAAGUUAAAAUUUUCCUUUAUAUUUUCAUUUAAUCUCUUUGUUUUAUGAGAUGUUUGAUACAUUAUGUCAAAACAGUCACAUUUUAAUAUAUUUAAAAAUGUGAUGAUUAGUAUGAAAUUGCAAAAGUAAUGUUAAUAUUCGCUGACGUCCACUUCGACAUUGUGCCAUGUAGCUUGAUCAUGAAUUCCUUUGAGUUAAAACUAUCCAAGUAAAUGUAUAUUGAAGUCACAGUAGGUGGCAGCAAAGACCAGGGUCUAUUUUAUGGAAUUUCUGUCUUCUUUUUUUUUAUCAGUAUUUGUAAAUUUGGCAUUUUUCAGUUUUUUCUUGUCCUUCCAGGAGAGGAGGCUAUUAGCUAGCGAAAAUGUAAUGUUAUAAAAUUAUUAUUAUUAAUAUUAUUUGUAUAUUAUUAUUAAUUAUUGUAUUGGCUCAUAUAAAAAUUAAAGAUUUCAGCCAGCCUAGAAUUUGUUUUUUGUUUAUUUUCAUUCCAUAGUCAAAAAUUCAGCUACAUUUUGGGGAGUGUUAUGUCUUUACACUUAUUUAUACUUGCAGUUAUUUUAUUGAAUUCUAUUAACAGAAACUGAAAUACAUUAUUCUGAAAUAUUGCAUUAAGACAUGAAUUAAUUAUAUAUCUUUUCCACAUAGCAUGCUUACAUGGCAGUAAUUUUUGACUAAUGUUUUGUUGCAGGUGACUGUACUAUUUUUUAAUAUUAUUUUAGUAGUUGUUGAGGAAAUUGUCAAAUAAAGUAUUGCUUUAAUAAUAUUAUACCCUAUAAACAAUAAACAUUAAUAUAAAGGGAAUAUUUUACAUCGUCUCAUUAUUAAAAAAAAAAUCAUCAUUAAUACCACAAGAUUGCAUAAUAGUAAAGCUUUAUUUUAACAUACAUAUGCUCUUUUAAUUAUAUUGUUAUGCAAUGGAUACUGAAGAUCAUCAUUACAUAAUAAAUUCAGUAAUAAAUAGCUCACUUCCCUGUUAUAUUUGAGCACUCUGAAUCUGUCAGUAAAUCUUGUAAUAAUGUUCCACCCUGCAAAUUUUUAAGGUUCAAAUAAAGUUUAAUUAUUUGCAAACUGUUAUGGUGCUAAUAAUUCAACAGCCUGCUGUUUAACUAAUGAAAUUACUUUGUUUUGAUUAAUUUGAAAAAUAGAGUGUUGAUUGUAGUAAUUAAGCAAAACAAGGUGAAGUAAAUGAUUCUGAUGCCAUCUGGCCCCUUAACUUAAAGAUAAUAGAUUAACGGGUGUGAUCAGGAAAAUUUUGUAAGGAAAUUAAGAUAUUUUAAUAAUAUGGUGUUCAAUAGUGUAUUGAAACUGUUUGUCAUUAAUUAACAGUGUGUUUAUAACAACUUGGGCAGUAAGGUUUACAAUCAAGUGCUAAAAUGUUCCAUAAUAUUUCCUCAAUUAGUAUUAACUGCUUAAGUCACCAUGAUUUGAAUGCAUGUGUAUAUAAAUGUAAACGUUAUUAAUAAAAUAUGUUUGUCUGAAAAUACUUCAGGUUUUAAUUGAAAAACCAAAAUAUACUUUUUCCUAGCAGUUUGCAAUUGUACAGCAUCAUGUUUCAGCAUUUUAACACUGCAGUAUUUUAUAAUUUACAGAAAAUAAAUUAACCUAGCGCAACUGUUAAUGCCUAUUAUUUACAUUCCUCAUUUUCUUUCCAUAGCCUUUUUCAGUAUAUAUGGCUAUGUUUGCAUUAGCUUUGUCAAUGUUCUAAAAUACAAAGUGAAAUGUUGUUAAAUUGUAUAUGUUGAUUACUUUCAGUAUAGAAAAUAGGUGUAUUGUUACAUUGCAUAUUGUUUCUUGUGGAAUCUGUAAAAAGUGCAUUUUUAAAUGUAAUUUUUUUAAUAAAAAUAAAUGUAGACACAGGCAGGUCUAGAAUACAAAUUUAAGUGGUAAAUUUCAAAUCUGUAAUGUUAUAAUUCAGAGUAAGUGCAGUUGGUAAUUACUAUACUUUUUAACCUUUAAUUAUAAAGAUGUUUUAGAUGUUAUGAAUAAACAUGUGGAUAGGACUGGAAGUAUUUACAUAACAAUGUAUUUAAUGUACCAUCAAAACUGCUACGUUUAUCACUUUAUAAUAUUCAUUUUCUACACAUAUGCUUACAAUUUUAUUUAAUAUUAUUUUAUUGCAAUAAAUAAUGCUGACACUUUGUCUGCCACUGUGAGCACUAUUAUUUGCGAUGCUUAUAUAAUUUAUUUUUCUCAUUUCUUUCAUAAAGCAAGUAUUAUGUCA